CAUAGGCCAUGCUCUACGCGCACGAAACGAAUCAUUAUUGACAGUAUUUUCUAACCGGUCAAAAACAGCGCGCGUGUUCUCGUUUCCUUCAGAAAAAUGACGGCUAAAAACAAGGCGUCAAAAAGUACACGAGAACCAAAGUUUGAGGCGGAAGUACAACACUGACCUCCUCUCGACCAUCCCAGCUGAGGGGGCGGUCGCUGUCUUUGCGCAUGUGCAGUAAGCAGACGGGGCUGGGUCUAUCGACGGAAUCAAGAUGGCGACUCUGGCAAAAGCGCCAAUAUAGUUACUGAAAUAGAUGACCAAAACUAACCGCGGAAGCGGGUUUUCUCCAGCCCCCAUUGGGGUUUGUGAAACAUGAUCAACGGAGACAUGUUCUGGACGAGGAAUUGACCUGCAUUUGGACUGUAAAGAAGUCUACGAGAUGUGCGAGAACUAUGCCCGCUCGCUGCUGCGUGUGUCGGUGGCGCAGAUCUGCCAGGCUCUGGGAUGGGAUGCGGUUCAGCUGACUGCCUGUGAUCUGCUUUCCGAUGUCCUGCAUCGAUAUAUCCAGCAGUUGGCCAGGGGAUGCCAUCGAUACUCCGAACUCUAUGGGAGGACAGACCCAGUGUUGGAUGAUGUCAGCCAGGCCUUUCGACUGCUGGGGGUCAGUCUGAGUGAACUGGAGGACUAUGUCCACAACUUGGAGCCGGUGGCCUUCACGCAUCAAACUCCGCUCUUUCCUGUUAGCAAAAACAAUGUCCUGCAGUUUCCUCAGUCCGGAGUUCAAGAUGCUGAGGAAAGAAAGGAAUAUAUUCCAGAUUACUUCCCACCGUUGGUUUCUUUACAAGAAGAAGAGGAGGAGGAAGAGGUCCCACUCGACAUUGGCACCUCAGCAGAAGCCAUGCAAGUGGCACUGGAGGAAGAUGAGGAGGACAUGGAUGACGAUGAAACUGUCAACGAUGAGAAUCACCCGCUGAAAAGACCUUUGGACAGCCCGGAAGCUGUUAUGGGAAUAAUGCCCACAUCGAAAAGGCCACGCAUGUAUCCCGGUCUUAGCCCAGAGUGGGGUGCGGAGACCCGGGAGCCUCUCACUUCCCUGAAUUCUCAGCGUGUUCCUCCCGGGAUUUUGCCUUCUCAUGAUAGCCUUGACCCGCUGUCGCCUGAAACACCCUCUGGUGCUCUCCCUUCUUUCCGACCUCAGUGUUCGGCACCAAAAUACUCUGACCAGAAGGCUCUGACCACGCCUGCAAAGAAAUCUAAGGUGUCCUCCCCUGGCAGACAAAGGACUAAAUCCCCAAAAGGGGGCGUUUCUGCCGCCAUGGGUAGUAGUCCUAUACACUCUCCCAAGUCAUCGAAAGAAAGGAAGAAAUCCCCUGGCAGGACCAAAAGUCCUAAGAGCCCUAAAAGUCCCAAGACUGUUUCUACCAAAGCACCUCAACCACAGAGCAAGACUGACAGCGCUGUUAAACUGCCACUGUCCACACUGAGUGAGCGGAUGGGGAAGGAGAACAUCCUCAUGCGCCAGAAUAUGGACGACAACAGAGACUUAAUGGAUGGCUCUUUUGCAAAGCUGGAGCAUGGAACUGCAGCUAUCGACGACUCUAUAGAUGCGGUGAUCGCCAAGGCUUGUGCUGAGCGUGAGCCGGAUCCUUUUGCUUUCUCCUCAGGCUCUGAUUCAGACAGCAAUGGAUUCUCCAGCCCGAGGAGGCUGACCAUAAUGGAACCAUCCACACCUAAAGCCCCAACCGGGGCCAACAUCUCUGCCAAGGACACAUCAACUCCGAUUCACGCUCAGCUACAUCCAGGUCUUGGGAAGUGGACGAUGGAUGAUUCAAUAAAUGAGGUGAUCAGAAAGGUCAACCAGGGCGGUCCUUCUUCUCAGUCGGUUAAGCAACCGGACUACAUAUCCUCUGGAUCAGCAUCACCACCUACUCCAGAACCUCUUAUGAAAGUUUUUGAGGAGAAAAAUAAGUUUGCAACGCCAGUUGAUGUCAAGAAAAAGCUAAAAAAGGAGCUUAAAACUAAACUAAAGAAGAAGGAGAAAGACAAGCCAAAAGAUAAAGACCGUGAGAAAGACAAGGGUAAGAUGAAAGAAAAGAAUAAAGACAAGAACAAGGAUAAGAAUAAGGACAACUCCAAGGAUGGAAAGAUGCCGUGGAAAGAGCUGGGAGUAAAAGAUGUGGAACCGUUCGCUCUUCGCGACUUCCCACUGCCGGAAGGCUCCUUGAAAAUAAAAUCCAGAGAUGGUGACGCACCGAAAAAAGAAAAGGAGAAACACAAAGACAAAAAGAAGGAUAAAGAGAAAAGCAAAAAAGAAAAAGAGAAGAAAGAAAAGAAUAAAGACAGAACCAAGGAAGAGAAGAAGCAAUCUGCUCUGGCGCCGUUCGCUUUGGGUGAAGUCCCACCUCUUUUCAGUCAAGCCUCGUGCCUCCGCAUGCCCUCCAUGCUUCCUCAACUCCCUCCGAUCCUCCAUGACAAGGAGGUGAAAAGUAAGGAGAAGGAUAAGAAAAAGGACAAGAAGGAGAAGAAGAAAAAGAAAGACAAGGAGAAGGACAAGGAUCGUGAGAAAGCAAAGGAAAAGGAGAGGGAGAAGGAAGAGAAGAGGAAGGAGAAGGAGAGGGAAAAGGAGAAACGGGAAAAGGAAAAAGAGAAGGAAAAGGAGAGAAUUCGGCUAGAGAAGGUGAAAGCGGAACCUCCUCCUGCUCUUCCCUCACCGGUCAUCCCAAGACUGACUCUGCGUGUGGGAGCUGGACAAGACAAGAUGAGCAGCAUAGUGUGCAGGUGUGAUCAGCAAGGUGGUGUCCAAUUCCGAGUCCAAGACUCCAGCGCCGAAGAUCCCGCCUCCCAAGUCCGGUCCAGGAAAUCGUCCCCGGACGCCUCCCCCGCUUCCAAUCCUCUCCCCAGUCGCUCCUAUUCCGACUCCUCCUCCUGUCCCGAUGCCACAGGCCCCGCCCCCUUCGUCCCUGCUCGGCGCGGCCCCCAUGCUGUCCCCUGCUGCAGCCCUCAAAACACCGGUCCGCAGCGUGGUGACAGAGACAGUCAGUACAUAUGUGGAGAGUCAGAACAUCAGUACCUCACACAGCACAGGGAAGAGUCUGAAAAGGAAAAAGAAGAGGCACAACUGAGUAUUCGUGACGAGUGGGGAAACCAGAUUUGGAUCUGUCCUGGAUGCAACAAAGCCGACGAUGGAAGUCCAAUGAUCGGAUGUGACGAUUGUGACGACUGGUAUCACUGGCCGUGUGUUGGGAUCAUGACAGCGCCCCCCGAGGACCAGUCUUGGUACUGCGUGAAAUGCGCCAGCAAGAAAAAGGACAAGAAACACAAGAAGAGGAAACACAAACCGCAUUGAGACUAUGCAAAAAGCACAUUUUCGGUCUGAAGCCAUCCGAGGAAAACACUUGCGGCACUGCUGUUAUUUAAAAGAAACAUGGCCGACGGCAGCUGCUCCUUCAUGGAAGAUGUCGACAGGCUCUGUCAGCGGGUGAGAGAGGAAAAGGCUUCCGCCAGCGGCACGCCUCCUGCCUUAGCUCUCUUUCGGGUUCUCCUCUCUGGCGAAGGAGCGCUAGCUCGUUCCUGCAGACAGUCUCUGCCGGCGCUCAGCGUCCCCCGACCACCGCUAUUGUUAUCGGUUGUUCUGCUUCCACCAGUUCCAAACCACUCUGCUGCAGUAUCAUUUCAAGUGUUGUGUGUGUGUAUAUAUAGUGAUGGUCUGUAUAAAUGUGUAAAUACCAGUGUGUUUAGGAGAAAAUCAUGUCCAAAAUAUUGCUUUUAACUCUGAGCUUGUGUAAUUUCUGUACAUUUUUAAAUUUGUAUUCCCCUUCUCCCCCACCCCCUUCAUUCGGACUCGCCCUGGAGUUGUACUGUAGCUGUGUUUGUAAUGUGAUUCUUUUGGCUUCAACAUUAAAGAUGAGCGGUCUGUGCACGCGCAGACUUUCACACGAAGAAGUCAUUACCGUCACAUGUGCUGGGGGAGCAGCUGUCCCACACGCCUGGACCUCUAUUAACAGCACACACACACACACACACAGACAUGCACGAGUGGGUCUCUUCUACAUGUCUCCUUUCCCUCCACUAGCUGACUGUUUGCCUUUGCUUUACAAAAAGAAAUACUUUUAUCAAACCUGAGUUUCAGAUGUUUUC